AUGAAGUGGAUCAGGGAAAAAGAGAAAGCUUUUAAAAACAUCACAACUGGCCAGGAUAAGAACAAGACAGAUUCUCCUCACAGUAGUGAGGUUUGCAUUUAUAGAACAGCCUUCAAAUUACGAUCAGCACAAACUCUAUGCCAGUUGGACUUGGUCAGCAGCACCUUGGUUCAGGAAGUUCUGCUCCAUCCACGCGUCUGGAAGGCCAGUGCUGGCUCUCUUUCGGUGCCGCAGCUUUUUCAGGCCCUCCAAGAGCUGUUUCAGAGAGCCAGGGUGGAAACACGGGGGCAGGUGCAGCCCAGAGCUUCGGAACUCACUUUGAGCCUCCUCAUGGCCAUGUUUGACAGCCCAGGAGUGGGUGUUCUCAAGCUUCUGCCCGUGGUUGCUGCCCUGAUUGCGCUCUCAGGGGACAGCCCUCUGACAAAGUACAGAGCUCUUUUUCAGCUCUAUGCAGAAAAUAACAAGGGAAGUAAUGAAUCCAGGGCACGCAUCACUCGAAGGGUUUUGAGAAACUUACUAACAGAUAUACAGCAGAUCCCAACCGUGGUGGGCGAGAGUCGCACUCUGAGCUCCGUGGACAGCGCUGUCCGCAGCUGUUUCCAAGGGGUAUUGAGCUCAGGCAUCAAGGAGGAAAGAUUCCUGUCUUGGGCACAGUCUGAGCCUGUCAUCCUCCAGUGGCUCCCAACCUGCUACCAACUGUCAGUCACGGAGAUGGUUACUCACCCGGUUCGGUGCAGCAUCUGCAGGACCUUUCCCAUCACGGGACUGAGAUAUCGCUGUCUGAAGUGUCUCAACUUUGACAUCUGCCAGGCGUGCUUCUUCUCUGAUGUCCACAGCCAGUCUCACCAGAAGUCACAUCCUGUAAUUGAACACUGUGUUCAGAUGUCAGCAAAGGAGAAUACAAAACUGCUUCUCAGGACACUCAGAAACAACCUGCUCCGGGGGCGCUGGCAGAGAAAAGGAGAUCCGAGAAGGCUAAGGCUGCUGAACCAGGUGAAAUCAGAGCACGCAGCUCACCAUGCGCAUGCGCAGGCCAAGCUCCUUAAAACGCAGUUAAAUCAGUACAAAGACAAGUUGCAAGCAAUAUACACCAUCCAGGAAGAAAAAAGUUGCAGGUUUGAAGCAAAGAUUCAGGAACUCACAAGCAACCAGGAUAGUCUAUGGGCCAAGAUACAGCAGAUGCGACAGGAUGUACAGGCAAUGUUGCAGCCACGCCAUCCUUCAUCUUCCCACCAACAUAUGGUGUCCAAGGUUGAUCGUUCUUCAGCUGAUAGGUCCCAGAAGGGAAGAGACUCUUGUCGUAUCAAGAAUGUCACUGAGGAUGGUCCAGGAUGGAAACCUCUUCCUGACCCUAUCCUGGUUGACCAAAGCCAAGCAAAUACCAACCAUGGUCAACCAGAUUCAGAGUCACCAGCCCCAGUGGCACAAACCAACAGUGCACAAAGCUACACACGAAAGACAUCCAAGCAAAUCCUCAGCUCUGAGCCCUGUUCUCAGCAAGGACUGCUGCAAGAAAAACUCCAAAUUUCUCCCACUGAAAUGACCAGCACUACUCUGGCAUCCACGGGAAGGAAAACCACAGUUAGCAUUGCAGGGAGAAAGGAUGAGCUGGAGGAAGAGCUGCAAGAACUGCUGUCAAAACUCGUGGAUGCAUUCAGUCUAGAGAUGCCACCAGGUCCCCAGUCUUCAGUGAACAUGGAUCUGUAUGGUGGAGCUGAGCGGCUGUGCAGGGCUUUCUCUGCCCUUGUGGAUCAAAUCACCUCACCCAACUUGAAGUGAGAAGGAUUCCAAGCUGAAAGGCCCCUUCGUAUGGUGAUAGAUGCUUUUCCAGAAUCUGAAUUAAG